AUGUUGAUAAGGUUAUCGACCAGGUUUCUUCGUCGCCUUGCGUUUAAAAAGGCAAAUUUUUCCUCUGUCGUUCGGUCAUCAUACUGGUUUGUCUUCGUGUCUCAGUCCUUUUGACGGCUGCAGUUUAGAUCCGAUUGGGCAAGCUUUGCCCAUCCAGGAGCGCAUGUAUGAGCCUGGGCAGCUAAUUAUACACCGGCUCUUCGGAUACAGAGGUAUUAUAUUGAGCUCCUGGAAGGCAACCCUCUUCGACCGGAAUGUUGUCACUGAUGACCAGCCGUAAUAGAUUAUUUUUCUAAUUUUCAUUAGGGCUCCGUUUGACCCCUCCUCGUCUACUCAGGGCAAGGGUAGGCCAAUAUAUGCCUACACGGUAUUGGCAGAUACCCACGACUUGGAGCUUUGUGUACUGUCUUUUUUGAUAAUGUUCUGUUCUAGAAUUCUUCUCUGAAGUCUGGCAUAACUUUUUUACCGGAUGACCAAGUGGUCCUCAACACCAUUUACAUCGUUUCUGGUAUGCUAUACUCCCGAAGUACUUUAUUUGUAGGUAUGGAUUAUGCAUUCCACGACGAUAUUAUCCCUUACAUUUGUAAGGAACAAACGCCCUUCAAAAAUGAAUAUUUCCGCGAAUUUAUGCAUUUCGACCCCGAUCGAGGUAAGUACUCGUUGUCCAUUUGUGUGCAUUUACGAUUGUCUCUAUAUUUUGGUAUUUGCCCUCCCAGCUCACCGUGUUAUUUCCGAUCAAUCCACUGGUUGAUCAUGAAGGCACUUAUAAGCCUUAGACCGCCUCUCGAAAAUUUCAACAUGUUUUUCUGAAAUUGUAUUUAAGCCGUACGUGAUUAGAUUCGAUGAAUGCUUCUUCCGAUGAAGUUAUCAAAGCCUUCGCACCAGAAAGCGCAGUCCGUUAAUGCCUUCGUUAGUUGUAAAUUUUACUUAAUCGUAACAUAGGCGUAUCGAUUUUUCUGCAUCGAUAUGCGUAUAAAGUCGAUAACUGCCUCUUCGUUGUUGCCGAUACGGUGGAAUGUUACUUUUCUAAGGCUUCUUGUACGGUGUUUUGCUAAUUGUCUCACAACCACAGAACCAAUGCCAGGAAUUCCGACCAAAACCGACCUAUGGACCCUAUCUGCUUACAUACACACUCGAAGGCGUGCAUCACUCACCCGUCACACAUAAAACGAUCCUGUGGCGAUGAUUAUUAUUGCUGAUGAUAACGGACGCAUAGCGUGUGGAUGUUUGCGCGCAACGUGUGUUAGACAGAGGCCCUACGUCAUUUCAGCCAUUACUCAUUGUCCCGUCAUCUCUUACUUGCUUGAUUUUGACUUGCCACUGGUACAUGAUCGGAGAUGGAAAGGGGACUGCGGCCGAUCGAACUCGGAUCAGACACUCGGUUUUCUCGUUAUAAAUGAUGGAUAAAGGUAGUUGGGGUCCACAUUCCCCUACUCUGACCAGUGUCGCGCAUAAGUGUUUUUUUCGUCCUCCCCAGUACAGUGGUGGACUUUGUCGGCUGGAAAGAGUGAGCUACCACAUUCCUGUUCACUUUCCUUACCAGGUGUCGUCAUCUGUUUCAUCGUUCUGUUACCUUCUGUAUGUUCUUCAGUUUCUUCACCCUUAUAGAACUUGUCCUUUUAAUCUCACAUUUGGCAGAACCACACUUCUUCCCUACUGAUAACCUCCGCCGAUGGCUUCAGUCUCGUUGGCAGAGUUUGGAAGUUAAAACUGUACACAGGGAAACUACAGAGGGCUUGCGGACCACCGUCGUCCCCUUUCUGAUGGGUCGACAAAAGUUUCGGGUCAGUUUAUUAGAUGAUUCUUGUUCGAUAUUUCUUUAUUUUUGGGUCUUUAUUAUCACUAUCAAUAAAAUAUUAUCAGAACUUAGAAGUAUUACCACAUUCCUUGGGCGCUCAUCGUUUAUCCUCAUCAUUUUCCUAUUGCUUACACCCUAACUACGACGUAUCAUCUAAUGAUCUAUUUGGCUUUAAUGACAUCACUGUGUUCAUAUAGCACUAACUGCGACCAAGCUCUUUCAUGAGCGAUUUGGUGAUCAUUUCAUUUACCUUUAAGGGACAUUGACUAAACAUUUGCAACCUCGGUCUAUCAUUAGGAUUUGGGGCCAUUGGUGCUUAUCAACCGGGUGAGAAUUGUCCUUGGCAUGCGUUAAAGUACCUGUUGAGUGACCUCAAUCUUUGGGAAUGCUCUACCUUGUAGAUUGUCUGCUUCAAUGACUGGGGAGUUACCACCUCUUUAGUCUCAAUAUUUAUGUUGACAGCCACUAAUAUCUAGGCUGGAGAGCCUUGGUCUUAACUGAUUAUCUCUUUGCUUUUUUAUGCCAAAACAAAUACAUGGACAUGUCGCUUACUUUAUAAAUGUCCAAGAAGGCACCAUAUGCCUUCUUUAUGCGCGUUAACAAAAUUUCAAACGUUUUCAUUUUUUUUCUAGUUUUCUGAUGAAGCCUACAGUCGUUACGUGAGUUCUCCCCCAUCUUCUUUUAUGCCAUCAAUCAACUCCUUUUCACUGUAUGCAUACAGUAGCUGGGCUGUCUCAUGAAGUAUAAACGCAAUUCCUAAAAUGCCUCUUCGAUUAGAAAUGACUACUUGGGUUGCAUUGUAACAGUAAUUACCUUGCAGUAAAAUUCCACAAUAUUUCGAUCCUGCCAGGAUGCCGGCUUUCGAAUGAGCUUCUUUCCGACCGCCUGCGAAAAAGUAAUACUCAAAUAGUGGAAAUUUUUCUCGCCGAUUUCCAAUAACCUUAUGAGUUGAAAAAUUUUUAAUGAGAACCAUGCACGAGGUUAUUUUCUCUCGCGCUCACUUCGUGGCACAUUACAUCUUCAAACUCUAUACUCGAAAACAGGACAUUUUUCGGUUUUAAAAAAGUCUUUAAUUAUGCGGAUUUUUAAGACUAAAAUUUCUAUUUGUACACCUUCACGCCAGUACGUUUAUUAGUGCUGCUUAUGAGUUAUACAAUGCGGUUCACAUUUAUUGCAAAAUUUCACGAGCCCCACAUGACCCCAUCUUAAUACCAUAAAAAAUAUCUGAUUUCCUUACAAAAAGUGUAUGGCAUGGAGUUUUGGAAACCUCUAAGCACCUGCAGCUGCACGUUGAGUUCAGUAUUAUUUGACAAUUGGAAAACCUUUUAAAGCCGAAAAAUGCUUUUUUCCAGCAUAAAAUUUGCAAAAAAUUCCCACCACUUAGUUAAUCAUUUUUUCGAGCGUGCAUUUUGCAGGCGGCCGGAAAGAAACUUAUUCAAAGGGCGUUAUUCUGGCAAGACUGAAAUAUUGUGGGUUUAUGCUGCACGAUUUGGAUUCCCCGUUCAUACAUGAUCCUCUCGUCGCCAUUAUCACAUUUUCAUUGUCAUACGAACGACCCAUCUCCUUAUAUUUCACGCAUUCGUAUGCCCAGCGUCCUGCAGGUUCGGCAGCCUACUUAAGUAUCCAGUUGCACUCACAUACCGCUGCUGACGGUGUCAUGGGUGGGCUGUCUCCCCUUGUCUGCCGUAUCCAUGUGCUCGCGGCCUCUGCGCACCGGAGGCCCAGCGCUAGCCUCACGAAUUCUCUUCGAAACGUCUGUACUUCCCGUUGGCUGCCCGUCUCCUGUGGGAAGUCCAUCAGAGGAGCAGUGGUGGACCUCUCACUGAGCGGGAACAAUGCACGCGUCUGACUGGAUUUGUUCUGUAGGCGAUAAUGGCACACCACUGAGUCCGAAAAACAUGCAACACAUGCCGGUUAUGGAGUUGUCUUACUCUACCUCCAAUGAGAUGAUAAAACUGCUGAGCAGAUAGGACUGAAAUCUCCAUACCUUCACUGUCUUUUUGCAUUAUAAGACACAAGGCUACCCGAUUCCGCGUUUAAUUUAGACAAAACAGAUCCUGAGCAGUCAUAUUUAGGUGUUAUUAGGCAUCCCCAGAAUUGCCAAUAGAAGCAAAGAGACCAGUCCCAGGAGACAGUCGCGAAGAAGGGGACUCGAUCUCUGGGACAAGAGCUUUAUUAGCCUGACGUUUCGGAUUCCUACUCGAAUCCAUCAUCAGAGACAACAGCAGCUACGGGUGAUUCAUGUAAAAGGGGCUGCAGUAUUUAUAGGAUGCAGUCGCCAUGCUACCGCAUACCUAUGAUCAUUCACGGCUCCCCCCUUCUCAGAUAUCGUUGCACGUGGUGUGGUGGCCGAAAUUAAUUGUUGCAAUUUCAUCGCGUGCGUUGGAUGUUGGUGUGAUGAUUGCUCAACCAUCUGACCCACCGACCCUGGCGUUGGGAAAAGUGUUCACCUGUCCGCUCCCACAGGUGAACACUACUCCCUUUUUCAAUCGAUUAAUAAGAUGAUGCGAGAUGACACACCUCGGGAGAUAACCGAGAUGCGAGAUUUUCAUGUUGAAUUACUUAACAGCUAGUAGACCGGCGACAGAAAGGUGAAGCUUCUCCCUGGCUGACUGCUUCUUACCAAGAUUGCGGGGGUUGGCGCAGCCCAUCAGUUCUCCGUCAAUAUUUCCCAUCCUGUUAGUUUCGGUUUGCCUCUGCUCACAAAAGAGUCGUUAGGUUCAGAAGGAAACACCCAAUUUUCCGCUACCCAAAUUUCGCCUUUGACAAUUUGCCAUGGGCCUUCUUUAUUUACACGUCAACUAAUCACGCUUUUGGGCUUGUCACUUGCCGAUUACUAGUACUACUACUACCACCACCACCACUACUACUACGGCUGUAAGACAUAAAUGUGCGUUGUACGCUCUUUGCGCAGUCAAGUCAGCAGCACCCGAUCCUUGUUUAACUUUUCCUCGCUGUCCGCUGCGUCUUAGUUGUUUGCAAAAUCAAGUCAAUCCGCCAAACUUCAUCUGGAAUAAGACAUAAGCUGUUUUGUUUGCUCCGUGUGAGGGACUUGCCAAAACGUUCUGGCGCAGAAAGGCACCUCCUAUCUUUUUGCUGAAAUGUGUGAGGUACUUUCGAGACGUUUAUAGCCUUGGUUUCAGCCCCAUUCUGCCAAGCAGACAGCCUUGGGGGGAGGAGGAGGGGGAUUAUAAAUGUUUCCCAUUUUCUUCUUUCGCCACAAGGUCUAAAAUUCUGAUUUGCUUUACUUAGUGGUCAAUACAAAAUUAAAAGCUUAAGCAGGCCUAGUUAAACAAGCAUCGUAAGCUAAUUUAAUACCGACAGUGAAUUUGCUGUCUCGUGAAAUGUUACCUGAAAUUCUGAAAUGCGUUUUUGAUCCCAAAAAAACUACCUAAGCGGGGUUGCAACAUUCAUCCUAAGAUAUUUCAGGCAUGUCGGGAUGCCGGCGUUUUAGCGAGCUUCUUUGCGGCCACCUGCAAAAAAGCUUCUUGAGUAGUAUGAAUUGUUCCCAUUCAUUUUUGACCCCUUUAUAAAUUCAACUAUAUUUUAUAGAAAACAUGCACAAAAAUAUUUCUUCAUCUAGGCAUUUGGUAGCAGCCAACGUCUUUAAAAUUUAUGCUUGAGGAGUAUAUCUCAGUUGACUCCACUCACGUGCUCACCUUAUCUGCCGAUAAAAACUGGUUACUGAAGCGAAUGAACUUCCAUCGCAGGGGACUACGGCACAUACAGUAGGUGGGCUAACUCGGGAAAUGUCAACCGAAAUCCCGAAAUGCUUUUUCGUUCCGAAAAGAUGUAAAUUCUAUGGUAAUUCAGAUUCUAUGGUAAUUCAGUUACCUCAAGACGUCGGAUUUCGAACGAAAUUCCGGCUGCAUGGAAAAACUGAGCUUUGUAAAAAAGAAUAACUGCUUAGGUAGCAUGCGUUUUCCUCAUCGAUUCUCGAUGCUCUUAAAAAUCCAAUAAUAUUUCCUGGAAAACAUGCAUUACGAUAUUCAUUCAUUUACUCCUUUGAUAGAGGAUUACGUCUUCUUCCAAUGUUAUGCCCGAAAGAAGGGUAUCAUUCGGUUUUAAAAGUGUCUAAUUGUAAGAUUUUCCAACAUCAUGAAAUGGCCGUUCAUAAAACGUCAUGCCUUUGCAUUUACCACUACUAAAUUUUUUCGAACCUCAUAUGAUCUCCGCUUAAUACCGUAGAAAAAUAUACGGUUUUCCGUACGCGGAAAAUAUACGGCUCGUAGUUUGGAAACCCUGAAUGCAAGUGUGACAGCAGGUCGGGUUCAAAAUUAUUCGGGAAUCAGAAAAGUUUUUUAAAAUCGAAUUAUACUCAUCUUUUGAGUACGAUUUUGGAAGAAGACGUGAUUGUCUACCGAAUAAGUAAAAGAAUGAAUAUUUUCAUGCAUGUUUUCCAUGAAAUAUUCUUGAUUUUUUAAGGGACCUCGAAAAUCAAUGAAAAGAUGCAUUUUAAUUGCGUAGUCAUUUUUUUACAGAGUAUAGUUUUCGCAGGCAGCCGGAAAAAAGUUCGUUCGAAAGCUGGCAUCCCGAGGUGGCUUAAUUAUGAUAAAAUUACGCUGCUUGAUUAGUUUUACAAUCCUGCGUGAUUAAUCUUUUCGAAACGAAAACGCAUUUCGGAGCUUCGGUCGACAUUUCAUAAGUUAGCCCACCUACUCUAAGUACUCACUUCGAAUUAAAAACACCUUUCAGAGUUUUGGUUAACAUUUCAUGAGAUGGCAUUUUUAUUGUAACUGCUUCUCACAGCGACCUCUUAUCAAACCGAUCAUAUGAGUCCCCUUUUGCGAUUUUUCAAAACGGUGGAUCACCACUCCCACAUAACUUUAACUAUUCCUUGUUUAUUCCCGGCUAUUCGUUCCUCGCCUAGCACUGCAUUCACUUGGACCAUUGUAGCUUAUGUCGCAACUGUUGCAUUACUCAGUUUUCGUGAAUCGAAAAUCGACACCCUUGUGUACUGCCACGCUUAUAAGGUUUCAGUUUCACACCCUUUUCUUGCCCUGUUUUUGGGCUUUUUACACGGACAUUGUUGUGUCAUAUUAUAUCCCGAAGUUGGGAGCAGGCUCUUUUUUCACACUUGUACACACUUUUUGAAAGGCGAAAUCGCUCGAAAAGGAGCAGUAAUCCAAAGCGAACCUUGAUGAGUCUGAGAGAAAAGCAAACACGAUCGCCGUUCUAGUUAUCUUUUUUGUUUUCGUUUGCUUGGUUCGCCUGCUAGGGUACCUUUUCCCUCAAUCAGAUUUUGCGUAGCUAACAACGGUUUUUAAUAUGCACCUUGGACUUACUGGAGUCCUUCGGCCAUCGUACCUUAGUCUAAAAAUUUUGCUCUUUAGUGGCGCUACCUCAUCCGCCUGGAGAAUCUGACGGACGAGGCGGUGCAGUUGCGCGAACGAUUCUGGAAGGUAUUUUCCGUCACCGGCAGCCUGGAAUCUGUCAACGGCAAGGGUGUGGUUGGUGUGGUAGGUCGAUUUUUUUUCUUAAUCUUUCAACUUUUGUUGAUCUGAUCCUGAAGCCGCCUAGAAAAGACACGCACAUGACUAGCCCUUUGAUGCCUUACGUCUCUUCCAGGGUUCGUUUUUAUGUGGGCCGUACCUUCAGGACUUCGUGGUCUCUAUUCUAGCGAGUGCCUGGAUGCUUGCAGAGGGUGUUCGAGUCUUUUAGUCCGCACCACUGAAUAUCUGACGUUUUGAUCCCGGUAGACGAGAAGGUCUGUCAUAGUCCCGAAGACGCUUUUGUGGUGGCUUGCGGGUCAGUUUAUAUGUGCCGAGAAGGACUUGCGAGGCAUCUACCACACCACCUUAAUUUCUAUCAUAUUCCAAUAGCAAGGUGAGCUCGAGGCGACUGGAUAUGGACGCAUUAGCAGCCGACAGGACUAAGCAGUUCGUUUACGUGUGCCACACACGACCCGGUCCCUAACUCCUCACAUUCGGUACGGUCAUGCAAUCUCACAGAAAUGAGGGUGCUAUAAAGGCCACAUUAGGGAGCCAUUGCAGUCCCUUCAUCAUUCUUAUGUCCGGCCGAUUUAUCUUGUCAUUUAGUAACUUUCCGAGCAACACUAAAAAGUAGGACGUAUUAUUGCUUCUGCAGCAUUGUCUUCCGCCUCGCUGGUUAACAACAUGGCUCUCGGGUGAUAGAUGUCGGCCUUUAGGGAGUCGACAAAGCAGUUCAGUAUUUCAUAUUGACCCAACUGUGAAAAACUCGGCCCCUCGGUGGGAUUCAAACCCACGUAGUAAGGAGAAUGCUUUAGUACAGCCAACGCUCUAGCCACUUGAGCUACGAGGCUCUGCCAGACGACGCGAGUUUAAUCACAUUUGAGUCAAGUUACCCGUCCAACCUACUGCAACGUCUCUAAUCCACCAAAUCAGAUGCAGUAAGUUGACUGCCCAAGCAGGAUUUCCUAAGUAAUUCACCUAGAAUCCACCGGAUGACUACCACGCUCACGUAAUUCAUAGAUGUUUUGGCAGAUUUUGAUUAAUUCACAGUUGGGUCAACAUGAAUUAAUCAAAAUCUGCCAAAAAAUCUAUGAGUUCAGUAUUUAUUUUCCCGUAAACGGAUUACAAAGCCAAAUAAACAGCGUAGAUGUUCCGACCUCAAUACUUGUUGCAAAGUUUAACAGGACGGAUGUUCAUAAAUUUGUCCUGUCUGUGAAUUUGAAAUAGGCACUUCAAUUACACUUGAAAAACUCUGUGUCUGGAGUUGACGCGGACAAUCCGCAAAACUAACAGCAGCUAAUUGUUAAAGAGUAUUGCCGGCCCCUCGAAUUACCCCUUACGACCUCAGGCGCUUCGAAAUCUGUUAUGCGAAAGUCAUUGGUUGAUGAAAGCGAAUUAGAUGGUCGCUCUGAAUGUUUCCUGUUUGAUGAUGAUAAUCCACAAUUACUGAUUUGCGCUUUUGGUAUCGUGGCUUGUGUGACCUAUGAAGCCCCAUCCCCAUCACUGACCCAUUGGAUUGCAGUUCAAACCUUGAGUGUGUCAGCACCUAACGUUGUGGUUUUUCUGCGUGACGCCGUCAAGUAUGUCAGAUAGCCACAGUCGCAUAAGUCAUAUUUUCUGCAUCAAGAUCCCUUGAUUCACGCACAUUUUUUCCAAUUUGUUAAAGAAGUGUUAUCGGUUUUUUAAAACGUGAGAUUCUGACAAGGUUAAAAACACUGGUAUUGCAGACCCAUUACCACACGUUACCUCCUCCUUCUGAUCCGUUUGUUUUGUUUUUGGACGCAUUAGCAACCGACAGGACCAAGCAGUUCGUUUACGUGUGCCACACACGACCCGGUCCCUAACUCCACACAUUCUCGGCACGAUCAUGCAAUCUCACAGAAGUGGGGGGUUGCUAUAAAGGCCACAUUAGGGAGCCAUUGCAGUCCAUUCAUCAUUCUAGUGUCCGGCCGAUUUAUCUCGGCAUCUGGUAAUCCUCCAAGCAACGGUUGUUAGCGCGAGUUUCGGGGAAUUCAACUCUGGAUCGACGUGCCUUUCUCCUCCCGCGCUCAUGCGCCAGUCGUUUGUCCCAAUCAAGUAGCGGCUCACACGCAUAGACUCAGACUCCACAAUGAUGUCAGGUACCACAAAGGCCACAAUCAGAAAGUGGUGGCCCAGGCUAAAUGCAGAUCUGCGUCUCACCCCUCUGAGUCUUAAGGAUUGUAUGCGUCUGCUAUGCCAUUAUCCAGCAAGCUGUGUCCCUCUCAGCCCUGGAGUGCGCUGACAGUUCUCUGGCACCUGGUUCCCUGUCGGUAGGCAGGCAGACUCUACCAUGUUGCGGACUGUGUCAAAGUUCCCAAACGCUAUAAAAUACGGCUUACAAUCUCCUUCACGUAAGGACUCUGCUUUGUAAACCCAGCCGAACAACAUCUCGUGCUGUCGAACCAUUCCAAGUGGUCGUGUGGGGGAUAUACUUGACUUUCUUAGCCCAGAGGGCAGAGAACGCCUUGCGAUUUCGCUUAAUCCCUUUUUCGAACAAGGUAUCUGCGUUUCCCCUGCAUCAGACCACGCUAAAAUGUGCUGUCGCUAUCAUUUCUCACCCACUGAUGUCCCUGAACUUCCUAGUCUAAACGGGCCCAUCGCCUACCGGUGUGCAGUUGACAGCCAGCAGUCUCGCGUACAUUAAAUAGCUUAGGGAUCAAAAUGUCUGAAAGCGUGUGCUAUGCCAGUAUCCGAAAAACAUGGCCCUUGCAGCCUGGUGUCCGUGCUGGCAGUUCUCUGGCAUCUGGUUCCCUGCCGGUGGAUGCGCCUGCGCUCCCGCUGGGUAUGCAGGUUGUGUGCAUGGUCGCCCAAUCAUUCUCCCCACUCUGACCCCUUUAUUUCCUUGUUGGUUAAAAUCCUGGCCAAGUGUUUGUUGUGGACCAGGAAGUGUGGUGUUAUGCCUAGGUGCGAGUUUGACCGUGUCUGCGUUCUCUUCCGCCUCCGGUCCUCUUGGCUUUAUCUUGACACCGGGUUCAGGCAGGGGAGAAGCGGAGCGUGGUAGAUGCUGUGCAAGUCUGCUCUUACUAUAAACUAAUUCACGAGCAACUUACCGUGCCCUCUCUACCCUUGCUGUGGAGCACAUGGUGGACAUCGUCGACAAAGACGGUCGAACUAUCACAGCGCACCUAUAAUAAUCGUCAUAUGCAGGAUCUUGCACCCUUGGCAAAUUCCACGUUGCCCACCUUGGUCAAAUAGGCCGUCGGAAAGCUGACAAGUUUAAUGGUGGUAUGCCUAGGUGCGAGUUUGACCGUGCCUGCGUUCUAUUCCGCCUCCGGUCUUCUUGGCCAUGUCUUGACACCGGCCUCAGGCGGGGGAGAAGGAGAGAGUGCAACUCUUCUAUCACCAUAAAUUAAUUCACUUGCAACCCACCGUGCCCUCUGACCUUGCUGUGGAGCGCAUGGUGGACAUCGUCGACAAAGACGGCCGAACUAUCACAGCGCACCUAUAAGAAUCGUCAUAUGCAGGAUCUUGCACCCUUCGCAAAUUCCAGGUUGCCCACCAUGAUCAAAUAGGCUGUCGGAAAGCUGACAAGUUGGGGACUUUUAUCAUCGAUGCCCUGCGGUCAGUCAGAAUGUGCACAUGUGUAGCGGCCGACGACCUCAAGGGUAGCACACACCAAAGUAAGGAAACACUGGGAAGAGAUCCUGGCGGCGGUAGAUCUGAAUAGAACUGUUAGUAUCUCUUGAUACUCAUUCACACGCAGGAGAAGAAGAAGAUACAUCAAGUCAGGAAUAUGGUAUAAUAUAACGACAUGGAUACGAGAACUGUGUAUAAUAAAUGUUAAUGUACACGUAGAAUGAGAAACUGCAAAUAGGUGACCUGUCUCGAUGGAUAGGCGACCCUGACAUACUAGCUAAACAGCCGGUGGGGAUGCAGCGCUGUGGGCAACUGCAGGGAGGAGCCGAGGGAGGAGCCGACGAUGAGUGAGAGAGACGAGAGCGACGAUACGUUGCGGGAGGGGGGUGUCGGCGGUGGCGAGAGGAAGGGACACCGGCCGUCUUCACCAGCACGCAGUUACACUAUCUCCAUCCCAGGUCCGCGCCAAAAGUUUUUCACCAUUCAAACAACCCUGUUCAGAUGAAGGGGCGUUACACGUGUACGUCUGGUGCAGACGAUCAACUGAGGGGGCAAGGGACUCGUGAAAAUCUCGUUGAUCAUCUUCCAUAAAAUCCCAUUACUUCUGAUGUUUCAUUAAUUAGACCAAUAUGUUGUCUGACGUUCACAGGGGGUCGGCAUCUUUGUGUGUUUUUGCCCCGAAUGGGAAGUCCGAUGUUUGCAACUUUACUGACGAGCAAAAAUCGCGUUGUUUUAGCAAAAAUAGGGAAAAACCUUACUCGAUGAGGGAUAACUACUUGGGUACUGUUAAUUUUUCCCAUUUAUUUUCGAUGUAUAUUUUAUGGAAAAAAUACACGAAAAUAUUCCGUUUUGCACUCAUUUUGGUAGCAAACAAUGUCCGCUUCAAAUUUCGUACCUGAGGGAAGGGUAUUUUUAGAUCUCCAAAAAGUUUACGAUUGAGAUUUUUAAGACCGUGGGAUGUCCUUGCAUAAGGCAUCGUAUCUGUCCACUUAUUAAUACUGUUUUUAAAGUAUGCGACCUGCCCCACAUACAUCACAAAAUUUUAUGGGCACAAUAUGACAUCUUUCUAAAAGCAUAGAGGAAAGUGUGUAGUUUGAAAAUCCUGAACGCAACUCAAACAGCAGCUCUGGUUCUAAAUUAUUUAAGAAUCGGAAAAGUUUUUCAAGCCCAAAAGCACCCCUUCCUUAAAUGUAAGAUAUGAAGAAGACAUAGUUUGCUACCAAAUGAGUGCAAGAAGUAAUACUCAUCUGCUCCCUUUACGGUUAACUCCGGCUGAUCGGACCACCGGCUUAUCAUUUACCACCAAAUUUUGAAGACCAGUAAGAGGUCCUGCGUAUUUCCGCAAGUUUACAUCGCCUGGCAGGUUCAACGCUCCUCGUACUUGGGCUGUUGAGUGUCCCGAGUCAGGGUUGAGAGGGUAGGCUGCAUUUUGAUCAGAUAUGUAAACUAUCCGCGGGUCAGAAGUCCAGUCAGGGAGUCCGCGCAAACCUUCAUCCAACGUAACUCUGCUCAGAUCGAAGUGAUCACACCAGCGUGAUGGUGAUUUAGCACUGGCUGGCAAAAUUAACGUAUCAAGGCCAACCAAAAAAGAUGUGGCCGAGCACUAGUCGCUCGCUGACUGGUGAUAACCAUCACACGUAUAAUGAGAUACCAUAACAAACUGCGACGGGCAUUGGCAUUGCUGGAAGGACGCCAGAGAGGCGACGCGGGAAAGGCUCAGACAUUUUAGAAGCCCCUAGUUAAUUGUGUAGCGCCAGAUGAUGAAACCGGCCUCUGGAGCGGUCCAAAACGUUUUACCCAAAUGUGGACCAAUUAACCCGAAUCCACUACAUUUCAUUCUGCCCAUGAUCCAACCAAACCUUGCACUUUAAUACCCGAAACUGCAGAAUAGCAUUGCCUCUGUUAAAUUGUUGACGCUGCUUAGUGCCAUUAUGUUGCCUUAUCACCAUGACUUAUACUGUGUGCCUUUGUUUCCUAUUCUAUAUCCGUGAUCAAGCUGUUUUAGGUUGCUGACUUACUUCCCUCGCCCCAUUCGGACGUAAACUAAACGGCUUAUAAAGAUGAUGACUGUCUUUCCGCUUCACGUAAUUUCCCUCGCAGUGUACGCAUGUUAGUUCCCGCCCCCUCCACCCCACCAUCUGCAGUCUUUAAGUCUGAACAUCAAUCGGGAGCACGGAGGGGGGGGGGUUGGGUUUGCUUCAGGCUUGUCACUCCACGGUUCCACCUCGACGAUAUCUGAGCCCUCUUUAGGCACGCAGUUUUUUUCACUGAUGCCACGCCUAACACUAUUUCGGUUUGCCUGUUGUUCUCGCAUCAGCAACCUCUCCUGAGGCCAAACAACCCCGUCUUCCAGUACCACAGCCACGUCCAGGUUCCGGUUCCUUGGGCACACAUGUGGGGUUCUUUUCGAUUGGAGAAGGCCAGCGGUGGUACUGUGGACGUCAAAAUCCCUCCCUUCCCCCUCUGCGACAGAGAGCACUGGCCCACGGAGGACAGUAAGGAACCCGUCAGUCCCCCGCCAGCACCGACUCCGCCCAAAUAG